AUGCCACGCGCAGAGGCCGGUAGCACCAAGGCCAUUGGGAACAAGAUCAAGAGCAAAGGUGAGUCUUUGUUGGAGGAUAGCAAGUUCUUGCGAGUCGUUGCGCUCUUCCGGUCGACAAGCUCUCGCAUGCCGAGGUUUACAAAUACUGACUGCGCUCUUGAAUUACUAGGACUGGGAAGACUGAGAUGGUACUGCCAAGCAUGUGAGCGUCAAAUGCGGGACGAGAAUGGCUUCAAGUGCCAUGUCCAAAGCGAAGCGCAUGUCCGUCAAAUGCUGCUCAUCGGCGAAGAUCCCAAGAAACACAUCAAACAAUUCUCCAACGAGUUCUUGAAGAACUUUGUUGAUCUCUUGAAAACGACACACGGCGAGAAGCAGGUCAACGCCAAUCAUUUCUACCAACAAGUCAUCGCCGACAAGACCCAUAUUCACAUGAACGCUACGGAAUGGAAAUCGCUAUCAGCCUUCACUGCACACUUGGGGCGGAACGGAAUCUGUCGAGUCGAGGAGACCGAGAAGGGCCUAUUCAUCUCAUGGAUCGACAACAGCCCAGAGACGAUGCGCAGACGCGAGGCGAUUAUGAAGAAAGAACGACAAGAUAAAGGCGACGAAGAGCGUGAGCAGCGCUUGAUCCAGGAGCAGGUUGAGCGGGCACAGCGCAAUGCGAGGGAAAAAGAGAAGGAGGAAACUGCGGAGGAAAGGCUGCUACAGCGGGAAGAAGGGGAGAAAGUGAAGUUGAAUUUCGGAUUCAGCGCGAAGCCCAAGACAGAUGCCAACCCAGCGGCACCCCAGGCGACGGUAGCAGCAACGGAGGAAUCUUCUGAUGCUAAGGAUUCUCCUGCCCCGACAGAUACGAAUACAUCCACCCCAGCUCCUUCUCAAGCCCCCGCCAAGAUUUCAAUGUCCUUUGGCGGAGCACAAAAACCGAAGAACGUGUUUGCUUCAGGCCCCAAGAAGAAUGCACUGGCUGGAAAGAAGGGACCUGUCAUGGCACAGCCAAAGAAGAUGACGGAGCAGGAGAGGAUCAUGAAAGCCGAGAUGGACGCUGCUGAGCGCAAGCGCUCCAGGCCGGACUCUGUGUUCAACUCUAAGCGGCCGAAGCUUGCAUAG